UCAGUUCAAAUAAAGUGAUUGAAAGCAGUGCAGUGCAGAUUUGGAUAAUUCUAAGUUUCAUAAGUCAACAGGGCUCUCAGUGAGUUGCAAUGCAAACUACCGAUCCGGGGGGAAACGGCCAGGGACCCACUGCUGCUGCUGCGGUUAACAAUAGCUAUAACAGUACUACGUCGUCUUCGACUCUACCCCCGAAACCGCCACCGCCGUUGCCGCCCGCGCCCGGUUCAUGGCAAGCGCUAAAGGCCAGCAUCCUGCGAUGGCGCGGUUCGAGACGCCUGGUACUCGUCAUCGUUGCCAUUGCACUUCUGCUCGACAAUAUGCUGCUGACCGUCGUUGUGCCAAUAAUUCCGGAGUUUUUGUAUGAUAUCAGGCACCCAGAUGCGCCAUUAGCUAGUUUUCCGAAGACCCCUCCCACGACCCUGAACCCUUGCGAGAAGGAAACUACUACACCGUACAAUGGUAUCGACAUCACCACACCUGGCUAUGAUAAUGCCAGCUGGUAUGCCGAACGGGAGGAGAGACACAAGGAGCUGGUCGAGGAAACUGUCGAGGUCGGUUUGAUGUUCGCAUCAAAAGCCUUCGUGCAGUUGUUGGCUAAUCCGAUUGUCGGUCCACUAACUCAUAAGAUAGGCUACAGCAUCCCCAUGUUUGCUGGAUUCGUGAUUAUGUUUAUUUCAACUAUAAUUUUCGCAUUUGGCAGAACGUACUCCGUUCUCUUUCUAGCUAGAGCAUUGCAGGGUAUUGGUUCGUCGUGUUCGUCCGUGUCCGGCAUGGGAAUGCUGGCUGAUCGGUACACCGACGACAAGGAGCGUGGAAACGCCAUGGGUAUAGCACUAGGGGGACUAGCGUUAGGAGUUCUGAUAGGACCCCCGUUCGGCGGGAUUAUGUACGAAUUCGUGGGGAAAUCGGCUCCUUUUUUGAUUCUGUCGGCUCUUGCGCUGGGCGAUGGACUCCUUCAGCUGGUGAUGCUGCAACCGUCGGUCGUCAUCGAAGAAUCCGAUCCACCAUCGCUGAAGCAACUGGUCAUGGAUCCGUACAUCAUCAUUGCGGCUGGCGCUAUUACCUUCGCUAACAUGGGCAUUGCUAUGUUGGAGCCUUCGCUGCCGAUUUGGAUGAUGGAUAACAUGGGUGCAAGUCGAUGGGAGCAAGGCGUAACCUUUUUACCUGCCUCGAUCAGUUAUCUAAUCGGAACGAAUCUAUUUGGACCUUUGGGACAUCGGAUUGGACGGUGGCUCGCUGCCUUGCUGGGCCUGGUCAUUAUUGGACUUUGUUUGCUUUGCAUACCCAUGGCAACCUCCAUUCAUCACUUAAUUUUACCAAAUGCAGGACUUGGAUUCGCUAUUGGAAUGGUAGACUCAUGCAUGAUGCCAGAGCUGGGCUACCUUGUUGACAUCCGGCAUAGUGCGGUGUACGGUAGCGUGUAUGCUAUUGGUGAUGUUGCCUUCUGUCUGGGCUUUGCGAUAGGACCUGCUUUAAGUGGCACCUUGGUAAACUCCAUCGGUUUCGAGUGGAUGUUGGUGGGAAUAGCAAUUCUAUGCUUCCUGUACGCACCGUUAUUGACACUGCUCCGGGCGCCACCCACCAAAGAGGAGAAAAAGGUAAGUGGUGUCGAGAACGGCGGCCUCACGCUGGACAAUGGUAACCCGGCAGCGCUGUCCCUGCCGGUAGGUGUACUGGAAACGACGGCCAAACAAGCCGCCGAUUUGGAGGACCGAAACAGUAAUUCUGCCAAUGGGGUAACAACUCGUCCGGCGACACCUAUCAGCGCCGAUAAGGACAGCUGCUACACGACGAAGCUUUAA